AUGGCUAGAAAAGACAAGAAAAAUGGAACUUGUGAACAUUGUAGGCAUCCAUGUACAAUACUACAAAAACUUUGUGAGUAUCUUAAUAGAAAGAAUCCAUGCAGACCCUUCAUUUCUCCAGUACUUUUACCUCAGCACCAAAGAACUUUGACUAUAUCAAGAAAUCCAAAAGUCUUAGAUAUAGCUGAAAUAAAACUGUUAAACAAUGGGGCUCAAGAUUACGAAAAAGAUGAAAAAGCAUAUGAUAAUAUAGAACUUACAAAGCAGACGAAAGAAGAACAAGAAUUCUUUGGAGAACCUGAAAUAGAGAGACAAGUUAUAGACUCUUCUAAAGCUGGUCCAGGUCCAAAAACUCAAGCACAUCAGGAGGGAAAAAACGAACAAUCUAGAAAAAUUUCUUUGAAAAUAGACCAGACAGAUAAAGAAUUUGAGUGUCUCAGUAUGAUUACUGGGGAUAAUAAAAAAAGUAUAAUAUUUAGAGAGCAAAACAUGGGACCAGCAUUAAAAAGACGAGCUGUUGCCGUAUAUAAUGCAAAAGUUUCAAGAUAUCAUCAAGAUAAUGGGAGCAAUAUCAGAAAAAUGUUAGAGAGUCAGAGAAAACUAUUUCGGGAAUUGCUUGAAAAAGAGUUUGAUAAACGAGGUCAAUUCAAAUUUUCAUUAUGUUCUCUUACAAAAUUCCUUAUAGAUGACAAACCAGGAGAUAAAGAAAAAGAUAAGAAAAAGAACUCAAGAACUGAUUGGUUACAAAAUAAACAAAUUAUAAGAAAAGAGGAGGCAAGUCUAAUGCUUAAGAAU